ACUUUUCAAUUUCAUAUAUCUGAGUUUUAUAUAUUUUCAAGAUUACUUACAUAAGCAAAAGAAGAGAAAAAGAGAGAAACUUUGCCUAAAAAAGGAAAUGGCAACAGUAGUUGAUGCUUGUGUGUGUGAGAUUACAAAGCUAAGUGAGAAGGUGAGAAACAGAAGCUUUUUCUUGUUGAAAUCUCAGAAGAAGAAAAAGUCAGGGGAUAAAGUGGAAGAAAGCAAAAAUAGCCAGAAUUCUUCUUCUACUUCAGUGGCAGAGACAAAGAAUGACAACACAAUGUGUGAAGCAACUGUGUUCUUGCUCAUGGACCGUUUUGCUCCUUGUUGAAACCAUGAUUUUUGAUGUUUUAAUUAAUACCCAAGUAUAGUGUAUAAUCUCUUAGAUUUUUUUAUAGUAGUAUGUAUAAAUGUUCUUGUAUAUGUAUCUUAUGUAAGAAGGUUAUAUCAUUUAGCCUGUAGUUUAUUCAUCAUCCCAACUUCAGUUUCUGUCCAUUUCUGGUUGUGUAAUUUUUUGGAAAAUAUUAGCAGAUGGAUGUUAUAUAUUCCUCCGAAAAA